UUUCCUGUGACGCGUCGAGCUUAGUGUCAAAAGGAAAAGGGCAUCCUUCAGAGAAAUCCGGAACAGAAAAAGGAAAAUAAAACAGUCAAAAUUAGUAUAAACUUCCUUAAGUCAAGCGCAUUCCACCUGUAUAGCUGGAGAGAACAGUGACAGUCUUUGGGCUGAUCAUAGUGGACAUGGAUGCCCCUCUUCCUAUUUAACCAGCCCUGCCUGCCCUCUUUCACACUGUCCCACCUGAAUGAAUGGAGAUGAGACAUUGCGGACUCAUCAGCAGCAUUGCUUAGCAUGAACAUCCACACACUGGGCGACUCUCUGGGCCCUAGCCUAGUGGUGCGUAUGAGCGGAGCCACCGGUGGCUGGAGCAGUCUCUCUCUGAAGCCAGUGCCUACCGGGUGGAUCCCCUCUGUGUUCCAAACCAUGGUCCCUACGGGAUACACCAAGCUCCAGGAGGAGCGUGGUCUGGCCAUGGCCGACCUGGUGCCCAAACCUGAUGGGAACGGCUACCGGCCUGACCCCCCUCACCUGGAGGUGCGCCGGCACUCGGACCGGGUAGCGCGGACAUCCGUUAGCCUGUCAGACGGUGGGGAUGUGCGGUACUCUGAGACUGAGCCCAUGCUCCAUGAGGGGACACUCUCAGGGGAGGAGGGUGAUGACGAGGAGAAGGAGGAAGAGGAGAGUCAGAGGCCCCCCACACGGAAUAUGCCCAAGGAGUCGCCUCUGGCCAUGGCACUGCAGAUCGUGGUGCCUUUCCUGCUGGCUGGGUUCGGCACGGUGUCGGCAGGGAUGGUGCUGGACAUAGUACAGCACUGGGAUGCCUUUAAGUACAUUACAGAGAUCUUCAUCUUGGUUCCGGCUCUGCUGGGCCUGAAGGGCAACCUGGAGAUGACCCUCGCAUCCAGACUAUCCACUGCGGUGAAUGUGGGGAAGAUGGACUCUCCCAUAGAGAAGUGGAAUCUGAUCAUAGGAAACCUGGCGCUAAAACAGGUACAGGCUACAGUAGUAGGCUUCCUGGCAGCAGUGGCGGCAGUGGUUCUGGGUUGGAUCCCAGAGGGGAAGUUCCAGAUGAGUCAUGCCGUUCUGCUCUGCUCUGCCAGCGUGGCCACUGCCUUCAUAGCCUCUAUGCUGCAGGGCUUCAUCAUGGUGGGAGUGAUCGUGGGCUCCAAGAAGACGGGCAUCAACCCCGACAACGUGGCUACACCCAUCGCCGCCAGCUUCGGUGACCUCAUCACCCUGGCCAUCCUGGCCUGGAUCAGCCAGGGACUCUACAACUGCCUGGACUCUCACCCGUACGCGUCGUCCCUGGUGUGUGCCUUCUUCCUGUCUCUGACUCCAGUGUGGAUGGUGAUCUCCUCCAAACACCCGGCCAGCCGCACCCUGCUCUACUCCGGCUGGGAGCCUGUCAUCACUGCCAUGGUCAUCAGCAGUAUCGGAGGUCUCAUCUUGGACAAAACAGUGUCUGACCCGAACCUGGCUGGCAUCGUGGUGUACACCCCUGUCAUUAAUGGUAUUGGGGGGAACCUGGUAGCCAUCCAGUCUAGCCGUAUCUCCACUCACCUGCACUUCCACAGUGCUCCUGGGGAGGUACCAGAGGAAGCCAAGGGCUGCUACUACCCCUGCCGCACCUUCUGUGGCACAGGAGCCAAUCACCGUUCGGCCCAGGUGCUGCUCCUAUUGGUGCUCCCGGGUCACCUGAUCUUCCUGUACACCAUCCACCUGAUGAAGAGCGGCCACACCACCCUGACACCUAUCUUCAUGACCGUCUACCUGGCUGCCGCCCUCUUACAGGUGUUCCUGUUGCUGUGUAUAGCAGACUGGAUGGUGUACUCUAUGUGGCGUAGUGGUAAAGACCCAGACAGUUUCUCCAUCCCCUACCUGAGCCUGGGCGACCUCCUGGGCACCGCUCUCCUGGCCCUCAGCUUCCAAUUCCUGUGGUACAUCGGCGACCAGGACAGUGACGUGGGUGACUGAGAUGACCCCUGAUCCCUGGCAGAGGGGUCACGCCCGUGCCUCUACCCCUGACCCAGAACCCCUACCCCUUCUCUUAUGCCUUGCGGGGUUGUUCCCG